UGUUGUAAAACGCAAAUGGGCAGCCAGUCAGCUGUUCGCCAAGCGUGUUGAUUUUAAUUGGCAACAAAUCGUAAUUUGUUUAAACAAAAGGCAAAAAAUGCUCUGAAUUGACAGCUAACAAGUGGUUUCUGCUGUUGUUCCUAUCGGGAAACAAGCAAACGUGCUGGUAGUGUACAAAGAAAGGGAGCCAGUGAAAGUUAAAAAAAUCAACAAUCAUGUCUACGGGUUUAAAAUGUCGCAAUUGCGGAUCGAACGAGAUCGAGGAGGAUAAUGCUCGCGGAGAUCGGGUUUGCAUGAACUGCGGCUCUGUGCUCGAGGAUUCCCUAAUCGUUUCGGAAGUUCAGUUCGAGGAAGUUGGUCAUGGAGCAGCGGCGAUAGGCCAGUUUGUGUCCGCCGAAUCUUCGGGCGGGGCCACUAACUAUGGCUAUGGAAAGUUUCAGGUUGGAUCUGGCACUGAGUCCCGCGAAGUGACCAUCAAAAAGGCCAAGAAGGACAUUACAUUGCUCUGCCAGCAGCUGCAGCUAUCUCAGCACUACGCCGAUACGGCUCUUAAUUUCUUUAAGAUGGCUUUGAGCAGGCAUUUAACUCGGGGCAGAAAGAGCACCCACAUUUACGCCGCAUGCGUGUAUAUGACUUGCAGGACAGAAGGCACUUCCCACCUUCUCAUCGACAUCAGUGACGUUCAGCAAAUCUGCUCGUACGAACUGGGCCGCACCUACCUGAAGCUAUCUCACGCCCUUUGCAUCAACAUACCGUCUGUGGAUCCGUGUUUGUACAUCAUGCGGUUCGCCAAUCGCCUGCAGCUGGGUGCCAAGACACACGAGGUUUCGAUGACUGCCCUCCGGAUUGUUCAGCGCAUGAAGAAGGAUUGCAUGCACUCAGGGCGACGACCCACUGGCCUCUGUGGAGCAGCUCUGCUGAUUGCGGCUCGCAUGCACGAUUUUAGUCGCACAAUGUUGGACGUGAUAGGUGUGGUCAAGAUCCACGAGUCAACGCUCCGCAAGCGACUUUCGGAGUUUGCCGAGACGCCUUCCGGUGGACUGACUUUGGAGGAGUUCAUGACCGUUGACCUCGAGCGCGAACAGGAUCCGCCUUCGUUCAAGGCUGCGCGGAAAAAAGAUCGUGAGAGGAUCAAAGAUAUGGGGGAGCAUGAGCUCACGGAGUUGCAAAAGGAAAUCGAUGCCCAUUUGGAGAAGGACUUGGGCAAGUACUCCAACUCGGUUUUCCGACAGCUGACCAAAGGAAAGGGCAUCACGCCAAUCAGCUCUCCAAGCACUCCAAAGAGUACCUCGGAAAAGGAUCUCGAACUGGAGGAGUCCAGCAAGUUCAUCGAAGAAUCCAAUGCAGAGGUCAUCAAGAACUUGAUAGCCAAGAACGAGGAUGUGAGGAAGGUGGAACCCAGUGGCUUGGUGGCUGGCAUUGAGGGCCUCCGCCCGGAUAUCGAAGCCAUUUGCAGGGUGACCCAGAGCGAUCUGGAGGAUGUGGAGAAGGCCAAGCAGCCGCAGGAACAGGAGCUCAUCACUGACGAUCUGAACGAUGACGAACUGGAUCAGUAUGUCCUCACGGAAGAGGAGUCUGUGGCCAAGUUGGAGAUGUGGAAGAACCUCAAUGCGGAGUAUCUGCGGGAGCAGAAGGAGCGCGACGAGCGACUGGCCAAGGAACGCGAGGAGGGCAAACCGGAGCGAAAGAAGCGCAAGCCGAGGAAGAAGGUCAUUGGACCCUCGUCCACUGCCGGCGAGGCCAUUGAAAAGAUGCUGCAGGAGAAGAAGAUCUCCAGCAAGAUCAACUACGAGAUACUCAAGACCCUAACCGACGGCAUCGGCGGACUGACAGAUGAUUCCAACAAUGCAAGUGUGGACACCAAACCUAGCACUCUUGAGGAGAUCAAGCAGCAGCCGGUUAUUGUGGAGGAGGGACCCAUUGCCCCGAAGAGCAGGGGCAGCAGGCCAGCCUACGAUCUCCCGGGACCAAGUAGGAAGCGACCCAAGGUGGAGGUGGGUCUGCCGGUCAGCCAAGCAGCGGAGGAGGAGCAGCCGGACACCAAGCCAGCGGUGGUGGUGGAAGCAGAUGAGCUGGACGACGAGACAGAGGCGGAAGCUGAAGAGGUCGAUGCCGAACCGGAGGCAGAACCGGAGGCCACCCUCCAGGACAUGCUGAACACGGGCGGGGAUGACGACGAGUUCGGCUACGGAUUUGACGAGGAGGAGGAAUAUUAGGCAUAAGCUCGCAUUUAGCGCUUAAACUUUAAAGCAUUUUAGUAUCUACACACCGAUUUUAUAGUAUCCCGGCCUACUCGUAAUACAAUUAAACUAAGCAUUAAGCACCGUGCACUUGUUGCCGCCGUGCCAUUUCCUGGGCGCGUUGGCCGUGGAGGCCAUUAAAUCAUGGGCUCCUCCUUGCAGCCAUUUACAUGUUUAAGCCAUGUCGGCGGGCCUGGCCCUUGCUCCUUUGCUCCCCGGCUUCCCGGCUCACGGACUUCUCGGUGGGUACUUGUAGCUGGCUUCUAAUUGUUGGCGCUGCCGUGGCGCGCCUCCAAGUGCUGCAAAUAAAUAUUUCACUCUUAAUCAUGUUUUGCACUCUGUUUUGCUUGCCUUUCUCCGGCGCUGCAGGCGGCCAGUUCAGUUCAGUUUAGUUCCGUUCCGUUCCGUACCCUUCGGUUCGGUUCGGUUUAGUUUCAGUUCAGUUCUGUCGAGUUCUGAGCCCUGAGUUCUUGGCCCAGCCAGGAAACUUGGCCCGACUCCACGGCCGUAGCUACGUUGAGUGGCAAGUGCCCGGCAAUGAGCUGUUGAGUCUGCCGAGCACUUGUCUCUGCGAUUUUAUAGUUAUUAUGUUGUAAUUAGUGUUAAUUUACUUGCCUCCGGUUCAGCAAGUCAGCAUCAGCGCCCUCAUAAAGUCUGGCAUGGCUUGUGGAGAAGCUUCUUGGGGCUUGUCUACGAUUUUCCAAUUGUUUGCAGCUUCUAUCCUGAACAAAUAACCUAACUCUAUUUAGUUGUAAGAUUAAGUUGUCUGGCCAAUAAGAAUUAAACGAUUAAUAAAUAUUCGAACUUUUUCACUUUAAA